AUGAAGGCAGAUAGUUUUUAAACUAAAUUCCUAGCUCAAUAGAUUAAGAACAAAAUCGAUCACAAAAACUUUUACUCCUCUUUCAAUCUCGGAAAUAGUGUUUUUACAUCCAAAUUGAAAUCGGAAGAGUCGAUUGAUAAAAAGCUAUCUCUUAGUUAACCAAUGUCUCCUAGUUAUUUAAAGGCAAUGAAGGCCUUAUAAGAUAGGAUAAGAACUCUAGAAGGAGAGAACGGCAUUCUCAAUGAGUAAAUCAAUAUAUCGUAAAAUUAUUGUUCGACUGCUCAUGUUAAAAGUAAAUAAAGAAAUAAGGUUGAAAAACUAUUAAGCACUAUGACUAAACAUGAUGUAUUUAAAAAUGAUAAAAAUGAUGAAAAAGAUGAAAAAAUUAAGGAACUGGACAAGAAAUUGAAAUAGUCAGAAAUUGAGAAUGAGGAUAAGAUUGCUUACAUUCAUUCUGAUUAUAAAUUUUAGAUUAGUUAGAAUGAGUCAAAGAUUCGAGAAUUAGCAGAAGAGAUUAAUAAUAUAUAACAAUAAUUAAAUUUGAAUUUAGAUACAAAUGAGAGUUAUAAAAAAAAGAUCACUUAAUUAAAUUAAUAAUUGUAAAAAGAAAAAUAGAUUACUAUAAAUUAUCAAUUACAAUUAGAUACAUUUGUAAAAAGCAGCAAAUAAUGGAAUGAGAGUAUGUCCAAAAUGAAUCAGGACUUAAAAUAAUAUAAAGAAUAAAUCCAAGAAUUAUAACAAUAUCUAGAUUGGUAUACCACUCAAUAUCCUGUUGAUAAAUUCCAACAUAUGGAAUUUGAUAUCAAAUAAUUAUAAACUAAAAAUGCUGAUCUAGUCAACUAAUUGGACUAGCAAAAAUAAUAAAAUUCUUAAUUGCUUUCAGAUAUUCAGCUACUUAAAUUACAAUAUGAGAGAAUAGAAUCUCAAAAACAUAAACAGAUUGAGUAGUUAAAUGGCAAAAUCUUUGAAUUAUAAUUAUUGGUGUAAAGACAGGACUCCAAAGAUUAAUACUAACAGACUUCAAAUAAAAAAUAGGUCAAAAAGAUUUCCAUUACUCAAGCACCUACUUCAGAGUAAGAGUAAAUCAAAUUAACUACGGACGAUGACAAUAGUAUUGUAAUUAUCAAGAAGAAUAACGAAGAUACUUAGGAGUAUGAGAAUAUAUCAAGAUAAAUAAUCAAAUUGGAAUUAAUGUUGGAAGAACUUGACUAGAAAUAUGAUUCAAUUGUAAAGUAAGCUUAAAUCGAGACAGAUAUGAGAGUCAAACAGACUUUGAGAUAAGAAUUGAUUUAAAUCUUGGCUUAGAUUAAGGAUAUAAACUAAUAAAUUAAUCUAUUGAUUUCUUAGUAAAAAUCUUUAAAAACUAGAAUAUGA